AUUUUACAUUGUCCACUGUAAACUCGUGCAGCCACUGCAAUCGGCCAGGGCUCUACUUCUACACACGUCGUCUAAAUAUACAGUCUAUCGUCGUAUAUUUUCGUCCAUACAGCUGAUAUUGUCAUAUCGGCGAAGGAAAAAUGUUGACACGUAAAGAAGAAUUAUUUGUGAAGCCUUUUCAACAAAGAUUAUAUCAUCAGCACAAAGUCAAACUCAAAUCAGCCACUGCGAGGGUGGAUACAACACCACCACAGGAGUGGCAGCAUAUAGUGCUGAAGACAAAGAAAUACCAAAAGGAACGAGAGAGGUGUACACAAAUAUUAUUGAACAACGGUAUUCUGUGGCGACACUUGAGUGAAAUAAUGAGCACUAAACGAGUAGACAAUCAAUGGGAUUAUGAACAACCUAAGUUUUUUCAUAGAGUCAAUUUAUUUACAAAAAGUAAUAACAAACUAACUGUUGAUAUUGAAGAAUUGUCAGAGUCUGGUAAAGUACAAACUGAAGUAAAAAACGAAAGGUGCAUUGCAUGUAAUCCAAAUUUGUCAAUUUCUAAGGUGAAAAUAAUUACCAACAUACCAGAGGAGAGAAUACCAUGGGAUCCACCAAAAAAAAAAUUAUCGAAAAAAUUACGGAGCUUAUCCAUUCAUAAUGAUGGGGUUGUUAAAAAUAUGAAACAUCAAGUAUUGAACAAGUCUAGACAAAGCCAGAUAAAAAGCACAAUCUUAUCAUUAAGUUUCCAUCUGGGAGCAAAGUAUCAAUGGUUGAAGGAAAAACAAAACGAGUACUUCAGCCUAAUAAUUGUCAAUGUACAAGAUGUCUUUGAAUUAUUACACAUAGCAUAG